AUUUAAAGUGGCAAACAUGUAAAACCCUUGACUGCUCGGAGGAACCGUCUCCCUUCUAGAAGCCUUCCUUGCCUGCACUCUUCCAUUCUUCUUUGUUUCGAUCGAAUCCUUAGGGUUUUUGGCCGGAACCAACCAACCCCGUGAGAUUACCCUUCGUUCUCCGAUCGGAUUAGGGUUUUUGUGAGGCUUUAGCGUUUUAAGGCGAUGCUGGGGUCGAGCUUGCAGCUCGGCCGCCGGCAUGGGGAGGACCGGUUCUACACCGCUGCCAUGGCUCUCCGGGGUCAUCACCAGAACUCGUUGAGGACCCGGAGCUCCGCCGCCGCAUCCGCUGCUUUCUUAAACCCCGCUCUUUUGCCGGCCUUCAAGGACAAGCCCGUGGUCGGAGACCGCCGGCAGCUGGAGGACCGAUCGUCUUCAUCUUCAGCACGGGCGGCGGAUGCUUGUAAUCUGGACCGCUUCCUGGAGUCCACCACUCCAUCUGUUCUGGCUCAUUACCUGCCGAAGACGACGAUGAGGGAUUGGAGGACCUGCAACGUGGAGUAUAGGCCUUACUUUAUCCUCGGAGAUCUGUGGGAUUCAUUCCAGGAGUGGAGUGCUUACGGUGUUAGCAUUCCUUUGGUCCUGGAUAGCGGAGAUUGUGUUGUUCAGUAUUAUGUGCCUUCCUUGUCCGGUAUUCAGUUGUACGGUGAAGCAACUAAGCAAGGAAUAAGCACUGGGCUAUUCUGCAAUAUGAGGCGAGAGGAGGAGAGUGAUAAUGACUGUUACCAGGAUUCCACUAGUGAUGGAAGUAGCCAUGGUGAACAUUUCUCGCUAGAAGAAGGGUCUUCAAGUGAUGAGGGUGAUGCUGAAAACUCUCAAGGUUGCCUACUCUUUGAAUACCUUGAACAAGAUUCUCCUUAUCAUCGUGAACCUCUAGCUGACAAGGUGCUAGAUCUUGCAUGUCAGUUCCCUGAACUGAGGACGCUUAGAAGUUAUGAUUUGUUGCCAGCAAGUUGGAUUUCUGUUGCUUGGUAUCCUAUAUAUCGCAUUCCAAUUGGACAAACACUAAAGGAUUUGGAUGCUUGCUUUCUGACUUACCAUUCACUUUCCACUCCAAUUAAAGGUGCUGCUGCUGCGGCUCUGCCCAUGAUGACCUAUCCCAAGGAUAAUAACUGUGUUCCAAAGAUCUCCAUUCCUGCCUUUGGUCUAGCAUCCUACAAGUUCAAGAACUCAUUAUGGACUAAUACAGAAGGACGUGAGAGGCAACUCAGAGUCUCCCUACUGCAAGCUGCAGACAACUGGCUGCGACUCCUUCAUGUUGAUCAUCCAGAUUAUCAAUUCUUCGUAUCGGAUGGUUCAUGCCGCAGGUGAAUCUUCCAUAUUGCAUAUAUAUCUCUUGAUUUCAGCUCAUUUUUCGCAUCAUGAGGAUGUCCAGCUCAUCGUUGUUGAGCUGAAUUUGCUACACUAGAUCAUUGUAUUUUCCAAACAGAUAUUUGUGUCUCUUUUUUCGUCGUCUCAUAGGACAAGAAAACAAAUAAAGAUGUGGGCAUUGAAGU